UGUGCACAUAAUCUAACUCAGUUCCUCUUUCUGAGAGUCCGUCUCUGUAACUUUAAUCUCCGAGUUGAGCAGGUUGGGAUCACUUCUUGGGCUGUACGAAAGGCACCCAGGUUUAUUCAUCUACUGGCUGCCACAGCAUGACCCUUCACUGACCCUCUUUGGAAGAAGCCUGCCAUCCUCAUCGGUUACCCAUGUGCAUUCUUUUCUUCAAGUUUGACCCUCGACCUGUUUCCAAAAAUGCAUACAGACUUAUCCUAGCAGCCAACAGAGAUGAAUUUUAUCACAGGCCUUCAAAAUCGGCUGACUUCUGGGACAGCAGCAAUGAGAUCCUCAGUGGGUUGGAUAUGGAGGAGGGAAAAGAAGGUGGGACGUGGCUUGGAAUCAGCAAGAAAGGCAAGAUGGCAGCCCUGACAAACUAUAUGCAACCAAAGAUAGACAAGAAUGCAAAAGGACGAGGUGCCCUGGUGACAAAUUUUUUGACAUCGGACGUGGACGGUUACUCUUACUUGAAGAAAGUUGCCUUAGAAGGACACCUUUACAAUGGAUUUAAUUUAAUAGCAGCGGACUUGAACACCACCAAGGGGGACGUAAUUUACUAUUAUGGAAACAAAGGAGACCCAGAACCUGUCUUCCUAAAUCCCGGGGUCUAUGGCCUGAGCAAUUCAUUGCUGGAUACGCCGUGGAAGAAACUCCAGUAUGGAAAACAGCUCUUCAUGGAUGUCAUCCAGCACAGCCAGGACCUUACAAAGGAAGAUCUGGUGCAAGCACUCAUCAAAGUCAUGAACAACCAAGAACCUCAGUUGCCAGACCCAGCCAUUGAAGAUCAGGGAAAGGAGUACAUCCUCCCCAUCCUGAACAAGUAUGCAGCCAUAUGCGUCCGUUGCCCAGAUUAUGGAACCAGGACAAAUACCAUCAUUCUCAUUGAUGCAAAAGGGCACGUCACUUUCACUGAGCGCACCAUGUUAAAUGCAGACGUCGACCAAUGGAAAACAAGCAGCUACCAGUUCAAACUGCACGUUUAACAGCUUUCAGUCUGAACGGGUCACUAGGAAAUAAGGAGAUAAACAGAGAGGAGGACAAGCAAUUGAACUCUAGGGGUGGGAAAGGCUUGGUAGUCAUCUUCACUGAGCAAACUGUUAAAUGAUGUUGCAUAAAACACUCUGGCAACCACCAAAACCUCAUUUAUAUAUAUUUUUGGCACAAAAUCCAAAAACAGAAUAAUUUGGACAUGAAGUCUUUUCUACGCGUAAGAAACAGGACACACUUCUUACGAGCGACUUUCAAAUGGAUUACUGAAUUGCUUGGCACCAAUAUUUAACUUGCUAUCAGUGGGAUGUACAUCGUUUCUGGGAUAAUCAUGUAAUGCAUUGGCAGCAGUUCUCCUUCGAGCAAGGAUGGCUGGGAAACUGAAUUGUGAGCUAAAUCCAGUGGUAUAGUCCAACUUAGAGUAAAUCUGAUGAAAUCCAUGGAACUUGUUAAUUACCAUUGCUUAAAUCCCAUUGAUUUCAGGAAGCCUGGACAAACAUUGGGUUUAACUUUUGCAAUGUAAAGGAAGAAUUCAGUUUCAGUCAUGUUGUGCUCAUUCAAUCCACCGGCACCAAUUGCUUAUGGAGAACUUGGUUGUUUUAGAGUUCCAAAUGAAUGGGAGCAAAGUGAUGCUUCAGCAAUGGGGAAAAUGGUAUGCAAUCAUUUCCACCUUCACAUCGACAUAAAUAGGGUCACCACUUUGUGCUUGAAGCGGUGCUCUGUAUGUUGGAGCCCUGAUAAAAGUCUAUGGCAAAGGUGGUUAUCUUUUACCACUAACCCAGCUAAGGAGAAUUGGGCUAGAAAUGUCAUGAAACAGAUAGAAUGCUUUGAUCUUCACUGUUUCGUCCAAACGCUUCUGAGACAAGAGUGUCUUUAAAAAUCAGUUUGUCUCCCUUCUGCCUUUAAAGCAAGGGGAGAGUACAUUGAAAAGGGAGGUUGAAACUGAGGAACCCUCUUUCCCAUUGUGGUGAUUGAAUGUAUGCAUCACUUUGCAGCUUUUUGUGUAUGACUAUAUCUAAGUAUUAGUGUUGCGAUACAUGGGAUCAUAGGCAAGACAGCAUUUAUUCUUUCAGCCUUUGCCCAGAGUUGCUUUUUUGGACAGAACUCGCUGAUUAUAAUUGCACGGGGAUUCUAUUGUUUACUAAUUUAUUAAAUCACCCUUUGUAUCCAACACCCAAGUGACAUCAUGCCAAAAGAGGAACCCUAUAGCCAUUUGUCUGGGAAUAAGCCCUAUUGAACUCAAUCCAACCUGCUAUAAGGAAAUGUCAAGAUAUUUUCAGCACAAUUGGGACAGGCUAAAUGAGAAAUACUCUGAGCAUUGUUCAUCUUCUAUCCCAUAUCUUGUUGUUGUCUCCAGGCAACACACAGUUAAAUCAUAUUCCUUCCACAUGUUUUACCGUGCUUUCAGAGUCAAUGAAAAUGGUUGUGUUCUACAGCGAUAUUGUGCUUUAAGCUGGGAACUUGGAAAAUAGUGGCCAUUGCAUUUUGUGCGUUCUUUGUAACUGCAGAAAGCUUAAGAUAAUUUCUCAAAUGCUGUUCAUUUGUUAGACUGUGCCAAGAGCUUGGGGGACUUGAGAAAUCCUAAAAUCCAAUGUAAUUUUUCCCUCUGCAGUUAAGUCCAUGGGGCAAGGCUGAGUAGCUAAGAAUUCAUUGCCAGGGCUUUUUCAUUCCUUUCCUCAAUCUGAUUACAAGAUACUCUUUCUAAAUUACUAUUCCAUGAGUCUCAAGAAUGACUGAAGUUUUAGUCUUUCUCUUGUGUCUGUCACAUUUAAUGGCCUGAAUUCUGCUGGUUAGCUGAGAACAGUUAAACGGUGAGUCAACAUAUAGGUGAGUCCCACUGAAUUGGUGGCUCAACAUUAUUACAACUAACAGUAGGAUUCAGUCUACUUAUCUGCUUAGCUUCUGUGCCAGUGAUGCUUAAACACAGAUCCCCAGAUAUUCUUGGACUACAACUCCAAUAAUCCCUCACUACUGAUUGGCCUGGCUAAGGCUUUUGGAAUGUGUAGUUACACAACAUCUUAGGAGUCCAUAUUCACAAUAUUAAUAGCAGGAUGUGAAGGAGAUCUGGCUCUGAGAAGGUCACUCCAUUGAUCGCCAGGAUUGAUUCUGCUGAUCUUAGGCAGGUGUCCCUCAAUACUUGCACAUCCCUCCUGAAGUUCAUGCAAUUGAAAGAAAGGGAACAACCAUUCCAUAUAGAAAGAGUGUACCAUUCUUUGGUCAGUAGUAUGGUAAAGGUAAAGGUUUCCCCUUGACAUGAAGUUGAGUCAAGUCUGACUCUGGGGGUGGUGCUCAUCUCCAUUUCUAAGCCAAAGAGCCGGCAUUGUCCAUAGACACCUCCAAGAUCACAUUUGCAUGUUUCGAACUGCUAGGUUGACAGGAGCUGGCCUAACAGUGGGAGUUCACCCCACUCCCUGGAUUCAAACCGCUGACUUUUUGGUCAGCAGGUUCAGCAGCUCAACUGUUUAACCUGCUGCACCACCGGGGGGGGGGGGGUGUCAAUGGCAUAUGAUAACAUUAAUGGCAAUUUCAGGAAUCAGGCCUUUUGUAGUACAAAGGGCAAUAUUUGCUCUGAGGGCCGCCUGCAGCUAUGUGUGGUCACUUCCAAAUUUAAAGAAGCCUGUUAACUUAAAGUAGGUAAUUUGGGAAGCAUAUGUGCACGCACGCGCACACACACAAACACAUAAAUGGGGGUGGAGAUGGAGGGGUUGGCUUCUUCUCAGACAUCUACUGUGGUAGAAAAUGUUCCCAUUAUGACGGCAGCAUGGCACAACACCAUCUCCAGACUGGGAACAUAGCAUCCUCGUUCGUGUUAUGAACUGUGUUCCAAAGCAGUUAGAACCAAAAGAGAAAAAGGCAGUUUUCAGGCAAGUGCACAUCCUUGAGCAUCGGGGCAUGUGCAUCUUUAAACACCAGCAUGUAUUCUUCUUUGGGCUGCACAUGUUAUCAUUACACUGUGCAGUAAUCCAAGAUGUGUUUGAUUUGAGUGAGCAGAGGAGCCCUUAGGUGGUGUGUCAUCCCUCCAUAGAGUCAAAGGAAAACAUGGAAGGGGAUACUUUGGACUUGGUAGAUGAGACUUCAGAGUCCUCAUGAACUGUCUGUGAUUGCUUUGGGCCGCAUCCUCCAUUGUUGUAAUGUUGGUACAUGCAGAACAUGCUAAAAUGACAACAAAGCCAUGCAUUUGGGAACUUAGGGAGGGUGUAUUGAGUACCAUUUGCCAAGGAUGUCUGUAGGUGGACAGUAUUUAACCUGUAACCUACAUUUGACUCCUACCAGCCUCAUCCCCUUCUGCUGUGUUACUUAAUUUUGUGGUAUGUGUAUGGUGGACCUCCCCCCUCCCCCAAUUUUGAAUGAAAGGCAAAGAUUCCUCAAAGUGCAGUUCACAUUUGUGUGAAAUUAUGGAUGUUUUGUCAGCAUGACAACAAAUUCAGCAGCUCCCCUGCAGCAGGUGGUGCAGCCCCAGAUGCAUUGGAGGGGCAUUGUCCCUUUCCCUCAAAGUUAGUUAGACUAUGUUAUGUAAAAACCAGAGGUGCACAAUGUGAGACCCUCCAGAGGUGGUCCUACUACAACUCCCAUCAUCUCUCACCAUUGGCGACUUGCAGCUUUGCCCACCGCUACGCUAGUCUCAGGUGUACACCGCCGGAAAUGUUGAUUUCAGAUGAUCAUGAAUACAGUUUACUAGAUCAUGGAAGCAUUUAUUCUUAAAUGGAUUAUCAAAGAAUAAAUAAUUUUUUGUAUUGCUUUCUUCUUGUGUCCAUCAGAGGUGGGAUUUGAGUAGCCCGGCUCAUCCGAUAAUUAGAUUCAUCAUAUUGAAGAUGGUUGGAAAACCACUGGCCUUCAUAACUCAUGUAUUUGCAUCCAAGUGAAAAAAUGCCAUUGAAAAGUGACAAUGUACCUGUUUUAUCAGGGUUGGGAAUGUGUUUUAGUGCACAGCUCCCAUCAUCCGUGUUGCUCAGAACUGACGGGAGCUUCCAUCCAGCAACUUCUGGAGGGCCAGAACAUCUCCCCCCCUUGACCAAAGUUGGAGAUUGAAACAGUGUGGGGGGCGCCAUGUAUAUAUAAAGUGCAUGUUAACUUUCUUGAAUAUAUUUAAAUCUUUUUUUUAAACUGCGUGCAUUUACCAAAACAGUGCAAUUGCUCUUUAUUACGGUGGUUUCGUUUCCAGUUUUAGUGCUGUCCAUAUUUUGUGGAGCCUUAAACAUCAUUUUGUGUGUUGGUCUAAGUUAAACUCGAAGCUCUUAAUUGCCAUUUUUAAAGCAUCAGUCGGAAACCUAUUGAUACGUGUAAAACAUUGCUACGGAGGGUGAACAUGGCUAAGACGUGACCUACUUUGUGAAUUGCUAAAUUGAAUAGAAUCUCGAGAACAUUUGUCCCUUCGUGACCGAGGAUCCCCAAUUAAGCAAAGGAAAGGGUAAAUAUUUGGAGCUUUUUAGUUUAGGGACCGAGGUGGGAAGUACUACAGAAGUAUAUCAGAUGUACAUAGCAUGAAGAGUUUGAAUACAUUCCCCUCCCCUUUCCAUAAAUAAUAAAAACAGAGCCACUGCAAUACUGCCGGUGGGCACUCGAUCCAGGAAAGAAUCUACAUACAAGGUCUAAUAAAAAGCCAUACGGCAAUGUACAUUCAAUUCAGUACAAAUUUUAAUUUCUUUUAGUGCACUGAAAAUGCAAACAAAUACGAAGCAAUGCAAAAUUGAUGAGGGAAAGGGGUUGGGGGGGGGGUGUAGCAUAUUUUAAAAUCAGAGGCAGACCUUAACAACUCCAAAGUGGUCAAUGUGGCUUUUCACUCACUUGAUACAGUGAAAGUCACAGCCCCUGUGUGUUGACAGGACAGAGUUUGUUUGGUUGACUGAAAUGAAACAGUUUUCACAAAGACAUUUCCAUGUUCUUUUUGAAAAGAUGAUCCUUUUUCAUUUUCUCAAUUUGCACCUUUUGCCUAAAUACAAAAUGCAAUCAAUAAAUGAUUUGGCCCA